ACUUUCGCAUCCACAGUCCAUCGACCAAUGGAAGACGUAAACCCGGUUAAGGAGCUUUGCUUCGGCGCCAUAUCCGGAGUGAUAGGUAGGAUUAUAGAGUACCCGUUUGAUACCGUCAAAGUUCGGCUUCAGAGCACCCAGCCGUCGCUUUCAACCGUUCAAAUCAUCAAAUCUACAUACACAAAUGAGGGCAUAAUCCGUGGGUUUUAUCAGGGGGUAAAAGCACCAUUAGUCGGCUCGUGUUUCGAGAAUGCCAUUCUCUUUGCUACAUAUAACACAUCACUAGAGUAUCUACAUCGACAGUUUGGUCAACCAGGCAGUGAGCCCCAGUUGCAGUACAAAUGUGUUAGUGGGGGCAUCGCAGGAUUUGUGGCAUCGUUUUUACUUACCCCAGUGGAGUUGGUAAAGUGCCAGUUGCAAGUCAAAAACCUCGUCCGGGACAACAGAACACGACAUUUGUACUCGACGGUGAUAGGGGACGUGGUGAAAAAAGAUGGAGUGUUGGGACUCUGGAAAGGUCUCGGGUCCACCCUUUUGAGAGAAAUUAAUGGAACUGCCAUCUGGUUUGGCACCUACGAGGUUGUAAGCGAGUACUUGAAUAAGAAGAAUCCCGGUUCAUCCCUCAACCCGUUGACCAGCGGCGCAAUUGCAGGUAUUACCUUCAACUUUGCCAUAUUCCCCAUAGACACCAUCAAAUCCAAUAUCCAGACAAAUGCCGUCCUCAGCUCCACCGAUACAACGUAUUGGAAAACGAUGAAGAAGGUGGGUAUACGGAACCUAUACAAUGGGCUUGGGAUCACGUUAAUCAGAAGUAUCCCAGCUAAUGCCAUGAUCUUUUACAGUUACGAACUUUUGAAGAACAACUUUUAAUAGACUAAAACAACUUAAUAGACGUUUGCAUCGUACGGGUCCUAUGGCGAUAACUCGGGAAUUUCUCACGGUAGGGUAUAAGAGGAAAGGGUUACUUUUAUGGUAUCUUCAAAUUGUUCAGACUUGAGAUGAGGCGACCCAUACACCCAUCGAAGCUCUCUAUACAUCGACUGAAUCUCUGACCUCUACAUCCACUAAAGUUCUGACCCAUACACCCAAAAGUAAGGUCACCUGUUUCCCUGUAGAAGCAUAACCUUCUCCUUAGUUGCAAUUCCUCUUCCUCCCAUUCACAGAACAGUGAGCCAGAUGAGGUAAUAGCGGCGGCGU